AUGUCCAUCUCGUCUUCCAGAGCCUCUGCUGAACACACGACAAUGCUUUUUGCGAAGCCACCAUCUUGUCGUCUGAUGUCGAAGUCGCGGCUAACAGCGGUGGCAGCAAACAGGUUGAUGCGUCGUUUGAAUUUCGAACGAUGCGUCGCGUCGAUUUACGGCUCUUACCCAUACUUGGAACUCUAUGCACUGGCUAUUAUUGAUAGGUCCAACAUGGGCGUGGCGCGUCUUGCGGGUAUGGGCAAAGAUCUUGAAUUGAUCGCUGGUGCACGCUACAGCAUCGUAUCAUGCAUCUAUUUCAUUCCAUACAUCCUUCUGUUCGCUCUCGCUUCUUCUGACGUGUCAAUACCUAUCUAA